AUGCCGUACAAGGAGGCCAAUCAGGUUGUUGACAAUCUGGGCUCCGGAAUGUCAUCGGACGAUACAAAGGGACCUGAGGAUUGGAGAAAAGAAGAGAACCUUCUAUACAAGCUCCUCAUCGAGUAUCGCAAGGAGGUGAACGUGCAGUAUCCGAAGAUCGCGCAGGAUCCGGAGAUCGCGCGCUCUCCCACCCUCGACAAGGUCGCUCGGACGCACAUCGAUAAUCCUUACUUUGAAACCGGUUCGACUUGCAACCCGCACUCUUGGACUGCAACUGCAGAUAAAGAAGCAAAAUGGAAGUCUUGCUGUUUCAACAUAGGUCAGGCGAAUACCUGGCCGUGCAUGUGGGACAAGCCUCGUGAAAUCUCGGGAGGUCAAUUUCAAGGAAACGGUUAUGAGGUGUAUCAUGGUGGGAACCCCAAUGUGUAUACCGCUCCAAUGACCGCCGAGGGAUGUCUCAACGCGUUUAAGAAUAGCACGGGUCACAACCCGGUAUUGAUAAACAACGGAACUUGGUCGACGAUGAAAUGGGAGAGCGUCGGAUGUGGUAUGGGAAAAGGGCAAUGCGCCAUCUGGUUUAGUCCCGAAAAGGACAGUGCAGCAUCGCCAGACAGUCAGACAGCGCAAGACGGUCUGGAAACCCCAGUUGCUCAGAAAGAGGAAGACGCUCUGGAAACCCCAGUUUCUCAGAAACAGCAAGACGCUCUGGAAACCCCAGUUUCUCAGAAACAGCAAGACGAUCUGGAAACUCCAGUUGCUGAGAAACAGCAAGACGAUCUGGAAACUCCAGUUGCUGAGAAACAGCAAGACGCUCUGGAAACUCCAGAUGCUCAGAAAGAGAAAGUCGGUCUGAAAGCUCCAGAUGCUCAGAAAGAGAAAGUCGGAUCGGAAACUCCAGAUGCUCCGAAAAAGGAAGACGGUCUGAAAACUCCAGGUGCUCAGAAGAAAAAGCAAGCCUGUCCUAAUAAAAAGCCCAAAAACCCGAACCCGAGCUCCAACCCCACGCCGACUCCGACUCCGACUUCGACUCCAAACGCAGAUGCAACUCCCGACAAUGAGUCUGGUGUGGCCAAAAUCUGGACCCAGUGCGGCGGCAAAAAUUGGACCGGUCCAACUGUUUGUGCCGAGGGUCUUGUCUGUAAGAGCUUUGGGGUUUGGUAUUCCCAAUGCAAGCCUGCGGCUUAA